AUGAUAACAGAGAAAUCUACACUUGUCUUUUCAGAGAAAAAUAUUCACCAACAGCCAAUCACAGGUAUCAGUGCAUCCAAACAAAACGAUAACCUUUUCCUCACCAUAUCCGAAGAUUCAACAAUGAGAUUAUAUGAUCUAAGAUUGUAAUCAUCUGUCAAAUUAUUCAAUCUUGGUAAAGUAGAAGAUUCUCAAACUGCCAAUUGUUUACUAUCAGACACUUAAGUCUAUGGAGCUAGGAAUAAUGAAAUUCAAUUGUUUGACAUUAGAUAAGACAUUAUUGUUAAAGCAUGUACCUUAAAGUCUGAAAACGAUAGUGAAAUCAACUAAAUAACCUUUGAUUCUCAAUAGCAAUUAAUUUCUGCCAACUUUGACUCUGGUUGUACAUCCAUUUUUGAUAGGUAACUCAAUGUUAAAUCCACUCUCAAAGAAGGACAUGAAAAUAUUUGUUUUAGUGGAGAUUUCAUUCAAGAUGAGGGAGAGUAACUCUAUGUAUCUACAGGAUUCGACUAUAAAAUUAUUCUAUGGGAUUAUUAAUAUAAGCACUAAAUUGAAGAACAACCAAUACUCUAAUAGGCAUCUCAAGCAAAGAUACUCUUCAAAUUUGAUUUAAGCACAAUCCAUUUGUAAUAUGCACCUUUAACUGUUUCACCUCCUGUCAUAUACUCUGCAACUUCUAAAGAUAAUUCAAUUCUAAUAUCAACUGAAACUGGACAAGUCUAUUGUUUCAAAGUACAACAACUGAAAAGAAAGAAAAAUAAGAAACCACCAAUUCCUGAAUUUGUCAUAGAUGCUCAUAAAAGUAAAGUGAUGAGAACCACUUAUUUAAAUGAUAAAAUAGUUACAAUUUCAAAUGAUCAGACAUUUGCUAUUUGGAAUCAAUCAGUUUAAGUGUUAAGAGCAAAAAUAAAAGAUAAGCCUAAUUGGAUAGAGAGUAUUGGAAAUAACACUGUUCUUGUCAGUGAUAUUUCUAAUAAAUUAUCAAUAUUUGAAAUUGUUUGA